AUGGCAUUGGCCAUGUUUAUUUUUGCUUUUGCUCAUAUGGCUCAUGCUGAUGAAGAAAGUGAUGAAAAUGAAUAUGGUGCUAAUGAUGCACAACAAUUUUUACAAAAACGUCUUUUUGGUAUCCCAUUUCCUCGUGAACAACGUCGAGAAGCUAAAGAAAAAUAUGAAGAACGAUGUGAACGUGCUUUAGGUAUCAAUAAAGUAACUGGUCUUCAACGAUGGUGCCCAAAACUUGAAGAAUGGGAUCAAUGGCGUGCAGCAACAAGUAAAGAUCGACGUGGUUAA